AUGAAAGGUCGUAACUUAGGUGCAUUGGGAACGCGUUUUGCGGAUGUUAGCAACAGUAAAAGCUUAAAGCGAUGUGAAUGGUCUCAAACAGCUCCACGCUGGCGAAGGACCAGAUGUGGUUUAUGUUUUGAAGGCAUAUGUACCAAUAGUGAAUGUGAAGCUUACAAUAAGAAUGUUAUCAUACCAAUUGGUUACAAGAAAUUCGAUAUUCUAUGCGAUCCUGAUGAUACCACAACUGUAUGUCCUGUAUGCAAAAACUUUGUUCAACCAACAAACUGUGGUUUUAAUAAUUGUUGGUGGAGAUUUCAAGGGAUAAAACAAGAAGGAGAUGAUAUUAGAAAAGCACCAAAAAGAUGUUCUAGUGAAUGGAAACAAGCGGAUAAUGCAUAUCAUUAUUUCGACCAGUUAACGAGUGAACUAGUGACAUGGAAGCAACUUAUACUUGAAGCUGUCAAAAAUAAACCUACUUGA